GUCAGGUAAUAGGAAAGAAUACGGAUAUCCAGUAAUGAAAAAUGACAGGAACUUUAUAAUAGAGGACAAGGAAAAAGCGGAGCUAUUAGCACAAACCUUUGCUAAGGUACACAGUACAGAAAAUUUGAGUAACAAAGAGAAAGAAGGCAGGGAAAAAACAGUAUUAGAAAAUAUUGAAACGAUACAAGGUGAAGAAGAAUACGGAAAUGUAAUUAAUAUGGAGUUUUCAGUGACAGAACUGAAUAAUGCUUUAAAAAAAACUGGAAAAACAACUCCAGGAAAAGAUGAAAUAAACUAUUGUAUGUUAGAUAAUCUUAGUGAUCAAAGUAAAGAGGUGUUAUUGAAAUUGUACAAUAAGAUAUGGGAAGAGGGGAACUUACCUAAUCAAUGGAAAGAAUCUAUAAUUGUUCCUAUUUGUAAGCCAGGUAAGGACUCGAGUUUGCCAGAGAGCUACAGGCCAAUAGCUCUAACAUCUCAUAUAGGCAAAACUAUGGAAAAAAUGAUUAAUGAAAGGUUGAAUUAUUAUUUAGAAACAAGGGGAGAAUUAAAAUGCUAUCAAAGUGGAUUCAGAAAAGGAAGGAGCACGGUAGAUCCUGCUUUAUGCUUAGAGCAUGAGAUAAGGAGAGCCCAUGUAAAUAAAGAAAGUAUAGUGGCUGUGUUUUUCGAUGUGGAAAAAGCGUACGAUAUGAUGUGGAAGGAGGGGGUGCUUAUUAAAUUAUAUCAUAUGGGAAUAAGAGGGAAAAUAUUUAGAUGGAUCAAGAAUUUUCUAACUAACAGGAAGAUAUCAGUAAGGGGGGCGAAAUAUUGCAUUUAUUGUCGGGAAAUUGCAGGAGGCUAUUGGAAAGGUAGAAGCUUGGGCAUUGAAGUGGGGCUUUAGAUUUUCAGUUAACAAAACAAAAGUGGUUGUCUUCACCAAAAAGAGAAUACAAAACCAAAUCAAUCUUAAGUUAUAUGAGCAAGAUUUAGAAAUAGUGGAUUGUUUUAAGUAUUUAGGGAUGUGGUUUGACAAAAGGAUUACUUGGAAAACACAUAUUGAAAAAGUAGUAGGAAAGUGUAAAAAGAUACUGAAUAUUAUUAGGUGUUUGAAAGGAAGAGAUUGGGGAGCACAUAGAGCAUCAUUGAAAACGGUAUAUAUUGGUUUAAUCAGGUCAGUAUUAGAUUAUGGAUGUAUAGUAUAUGAAUCUGCAUCAAAAACAAUGUUAAAAAAACUGGAUAGCAUACAGUAUCAAGCACUAAGAGUGUGUUGUGGUGCAAAGAAAACCACUCCAGUGUCAGCCUUGCAAGUAGAGAUGGGUGAAAUGCCUCUAGAAAUUAGAAGAGAGCAAAUAUCAUUGAUAUAUUGGGCACAUUUAAGGGGACAUGGAGAAAACCAUCCAGCUCAGAAUAUUUUAAAACCAUGUCAAGAGAAAGAAAGAAGAAAGGUACAAAGUUUUGGAUGGACAAUUGAAAACCGGGUUAAAGAAAGUAGGAUAGCUGAUAAAAAUAUGAGUAAAACAGUUCCACUUUCUAUUGUCCCACCUUGGACACUGGAAGAGGCAAUUAUCGAUUUGAGAUUACUAAAGAAAGAAAAAGGGAAAAGUGUGAGUGUGAGUGAAGUGAACAAAUAUAUAAAUAGAAAAUACAGUCAGUUUAUUAAAGUAUAUACAGAUGCAUCCAAAUCAGGACAAAACAGAGUAGGAAUAGCAUUUGUAGUUCCAGAUUUAAAUAUUGUAUUGAAUAAAAGAGUCAAUGAUGAUUUAGCAAUAUACACAGGAGAGCUACUGGCCAUUCAUAUGGCAUUGAACUGGGUACAUGAAGUCAGACCAGGUAAAGUGCUUAUAGCAUCAGAUUCCAGUAGUGCAUUGGUCAGUAUAAAACAUGUUCAGUCAGAUAUAAGACAAGAUAUAAUAUUCGAGAUAGCACAUAUAUUACAGGGAAUAAAGAGAGCAGGAGUAGAGAUCAAGUUCAUUUGGGUUCCAGCACAUAUAGGAUUUGAGGGGAAUGAACUGGCCGAUAAGUAUGCCAAGAGUGCAACAAGAAAAGAACAAAUAUCAAUGGUUGUAACAUACAGUAAAGCCGAGAUUAAAAGUAUAGUAAAAUCAGAGAUGAAGAAGAAAUGGCAGAAGCAAUGGGACAGAGAGAGCAGAGGUCGACAUUUUUACAAUAUACAAAGGAAUGUUGGAGAAAUGAGAGAAUGUCAUAGGAGCAGCAAAGAAGAAGACAUCAUAUCACGCAUGAGAUUUGGUCAUACGGGGUUAAAUAGCACAUUAUUCAUAAUACAGAAACAUGAAACAGGAAAUUGUGAACAUUGUGAGUCAGGAGAAACUGUAGAACAUAUCCUCUUCCAGUGUCCAAAGUACCAAACACAGAGAAACACACUCAAAGCAGCAUUUAAGAGAAAUAAGAUACCGUUUAAUGUAGCAGAUAUAUUGAGGAGAAACUCAGGGGAUGUUGUAUUUGGAGAGAUUUUUAGGUUUUUGGAAGCAACAGGGCUUGUAAAAAAUUUUUAA